AAGGAGUUUUUUUUUUUUUCGAAGGAGUUUUAAAAGGAGGAAAAAGAGGUGUGGGCGAGGAGAAAGCUCCCUCGCUCCGGCGCGAGGGAGACUGGUAGAUGAAUAUCGGAAGGGGUAAGACAGGCUGAUUUAGCCGGCCUAUGGGGAUCUAGGAGAGUGGUGGUGAAGAGUUUAUAGGGCCCGCUACGGUUGAGUAGGAGACGGUGGUUCUGCGCGGAGAUCGGCGAUUCAGUCCUUUAGUCGUGGCAGCGGAAAAUAUUAGAAAAGUGUGGCGGUUGGACGAAAGCAAUGUGGGAUCGGAGAUGCUGAGGGAUUGGUUUCGUACUUGUUGAACUGAUGCCAGGAUGGUAGAGUUUAGUUGUUAUAGGUCAUUAGCGGCGGAAGGGGUCGAUCAGGUGGGCGUACUGACAUGUGGAGGACAGUCAGAGUGAAAAUAUAUUGUUGUGUUGUGUCAGUGGGGAUGGAUCUCCGUUUUUGAGGGGAGAAAUAAAGUAUCCAUCUAUUUCAAUAAAUAAAGAAGGGGAGAUCUUGCGAGAUGAGUUAAAGAGGCCUGGCGGAUAUUUUUGAAGGGAGUCAUUUUUAUCGAUGGUUGAGAGGGAUUGCUUGAAUGGUUUCAAUGAAUUAUAGGGUUGAAGCUUCAAUUCUAUAAACUUUUCAUAUCCAAGCGAAUCAAUUUUGAGAAUCUCUCUUUCUGGAGCUCAUCCAUGGAGUCUCGGAUGGAUCAGUAUGAGAUAAUGGAACAAAUUGGUCGAGGUGCUUUUGGAGCAGCCAUCCUUGUUAAUCACAAGCAGGAGAAAAAGAAGUACGUUUUGAAGAAGAUUCGGCUUGCUAGGCAGACUGAGAGAUGCCGGAGAUCAGCUCACCAAGAGAUGGCUAUCAUUGCACCACUUCAACACCCAUUCAUUGUCGAGUUUAAAGAAGCUUGGGUGGAGAAGGGUUGCUAUGUUUGUAUUGUUACGGGAUACUGUGAAGGAGGAGAUAUGGCUGAAUUGAUGAAGAAAUCAAAUGGGGCAUAUUUUCCAGAGGAGAAACUGCUAAAAUGGUUUGCUCAACUAUUACUAGCUGUUGAGUAUUUGCAUUCCAACCAUGUUCUACAUCGAGAUCUCAAGUGCUCUAAUAUUUUUCUCACGAGGGAUCAAGAUGUUCGUCUAGGGGAUUUUGGGCUAGCUAAGACUUUGAAGGCAGAUGAUUUGGCUUCUUCUGUUGUUGGUACUCCAAAUUACAUGUGCCCCGAGCUUCUUGCUGAUAUUCCCUAUGGAUUCAAAUCGGAUAUCUGGUCCCUGGGUUGCUGUAUGUACGAGAUGGCUGCUCAUAGACCUGCAUUUAAAGCUUUUGAUAUGGCUGGACUGAUCAGCAAAAUAAACCGUUCUUGUAUUGGUCCGGUGCCUCCUUGCUAUUCCUCUUCACUGAAAGCACUCAUUAAAAGUAUGUUAAGAAAAAACCCCGAGCAUCGGCCUAAUGCGUCGGAAGUAUUAAGUAAUCCAUAUUUGAAGCCAUACGUCAAUCAAAUCCGAUCAUUCCUGGAACUCAAUAAUGUGACUCGAUCACCAGAAAAACCCGUACUACUCUCCACCUACAGUGAUAUUCUGAAUAAUAUGUCUGUUAGUCAAAGCAGUAGCAUUUCCAGCGGUGAUUGGGAAAUUCUGCACUCAACAGACAGAAACAUUUUAGACCAAGAAUCUUGCCGUCGUAACAAGGCUCUUGAAGCUUGUCAUCUAGCUAAGGAUACCGUAGAAUGCAGUAGUGACAAUGUGGCUGGAACACAAAAACGAAGUCCAACCUCGUUGAGUUCCAACCUGCAGGAGACUAACGAAGCAAAACAACCUAGAAAAAUAAAGAAUAUUGUCAUGGCUCUAAAAGAAGAGGGAAAAGUAAGAGAAACCAGCUCACCCCCGAGAGCUAGCUGGGUGAAAGCAGGAGCUUUGUGCAAUCCUAAACCAUGCAUAGAACCAUCUAAUAAGGCACCAAAACAUUGCCGCAGCAAUUCUUUGAACUCUCAAGCAAGUUCAGAAAAAGAUGCCAGUGAAUCAACCAGGAGUGCUGAUGAUUAUACAACACGUCUGCUGUCCUCAAAGCAUCAGGAACAUGUGGAAUCAACUUCGAAGUUUAAACCGAGAAGUGAUUUAGUUUCACAACCUGCUAAUGGCUUAAAAAAAAUUAAUGAAGAUGACAUUACUGUUAAGAUGAACCAUAGACAUCCGUCCAGCAUGGCAAGAAAGGCCACCAGUCCCAUUAAGAAAUCUUUUGGCCUUGAUAACCGAAUACCAGUGAAUAUUGGGAGUAGAGGACUUCCCCCGAGGGUUAACCGGGAAGGUAAUAAGAGUCCGCAAGUGGUGUCUCGUAACUCCAAGCAAAUAAAUGGUCAGAUGAUGAAAUACGAAAAGCGCCCUUGUGAACCUUCAACGGUUGAGAUAAAUUCUGGCAAUUUGAAAGCACGACCUACCGAGAGAGAACUUUAUCCAGAAAUUUUCUUAAAAGAGACCCAAUGUCUCUCCCUCCAUGAUGAUAUGCUUAACCAGCAUUAUAUCGCACAUGAGUCCGAAAUUUCAGAAUCCAACCCUGCUGGUUGCUCAAGAAUUCCUGAUGCACAUCAGGCGCUUGAUUAUUCUACUGCAGAGAGUCAUGAACUCGAUUGUCGAUUAUCUACACAAUUUUCUGAGGGUAACUAUUCUUUUGUGGAAAGUCAUGAACUCGGCUGCAGGACUCUUCCACUACUAAAUCCUGAGGUUGAUUUGAUGGGCAUGCAGAAGAGUACUACUGCUAGUAAUGAUAAAGUGAGUUCAAGCUCAGUCAUGGAACUUUCUGUUGCAGGCUCAGAACAUGAAUUUGCUUGUAAGGAUGACGUCUUUAUAAACAUGACUCCGCAGAAGCCUCUAUUUGUGCAAACCAAAGAUGACAAAUACACCGUUAAAGAACUCAUUUCUUCCAUACCAACUAUUGCACCUUUUGUUGCAACUUCAGCUCCUAAGAGUUGUCUAUUCGAUAAAGGACCAAUUCAAAACCAGGCGUUGGAAAAUCAAGGUACUCAUAUAACUCCGGCUUUUGAUGAUGUUAUACAUGUAAUAAGGCACAGUAGCUUUCGAGUAGGCAGCGAACAAGUUCUAAUUGAAAGCAAAGACAUGCGAGUUCAAAAUGAAGACAUGAGGACAAUACUUACUGUUGUUAAAGAAGAUUUAGAGAGGAGAAAUCCACCGCCUUCGAGCAAGAAAUCAAAGGGCAUUUCAGAGUCUUCAGCUGCUGAAGAAAUUAGAGAGGAACAGCGUAGCAUGCAGGAGAAAUCUUAUUAUUCUUCAGAAUUACUUAACUCAAGCCAUGUUGAGCUCACUAAUGCCUCAAUGGAUGAUGAAGCUCCAUCUAAAGAGUCGCUGGAUGUGAAAUCUUUCAGGCAGAGAGCUGAUGCGCUGGAAGGUUUACUUGAGCUUUCAGCUGAAUUACUUCAGCACAAUAGGCUGGAAGAGCUAGCUGUUGUGUUGAAGCCGUUUGGGAAGAAUAAGGUCUCUCCGAGAGAGACGGCCAUAUGGCUAGCAAAAAGCCUCAAGGGAAUGAUGAUGACGGAGGACUCUAGCCGCUUAUCGUGAGAGAUCUUCUCUUACAGGUUUUUUUUUUUUGGAUGGAACCGUAAGUCUAUAGCUUAACACGUAAUUCUUCUUGGUAAUUUUCUUUUAAUUCUUUGGACAUGUUGCUGUAAAUAAUCAAAUUCGUUGGACUAAGACAUUUUGCCCCAAAUUCAGAACCUACGACUAGCUAUUUUGAAAAGGUAAUAAACUAUUUAUGCAGUAUAUUUGAAAGAGAAAAAUCAGACCAGAAUAUCUUGAAUAAAA